GCUGCUCCGCCGGUAUUUAUCCGAGGGCAGAGCGGAAGAGAGGCGACUGCUGUGAAGCCUGCGUUCCGAUUUUUUCCACAAUCCCCGUGCCCUGAAGUUUUCCUUUAUCUUCGGCUUGCGCUCCUUCUCCAACACAGCUGCUGCCAUUUAAGUUCCUCGUGUUCGUGUGCUCAUUGACUGUAAAGCUUCGAGGAUGUCCAGCACGUCCACAGCUCCUCAGUAUGCGCCUUUCUUCGCCGUCAUGGGCGCCUCUUCAGCGAUGGUCUUCAGCGCCUUGGGAGCCGCCUACGGUACGGCGAAGAGUGGCACAGGAAUUGCAGCCAUGUCGGUCAUGAGGCCAGAGCUCAUCAUGAAGUCCAUCAUCCCCGUGGUCAUGGCGGGUAUCAUCGCCAUCUAUGGCCUGGUGGUGGCCGUGCUAAUCGCCAACAAUCUCGUAGACGGCAUGACAUUAUUCAAGAGUUUCCUGUACCUGGGGGCUGGCCUGAGCGUCGGGCUCAGUGGGCUCGCAGCUGGGUUUGCCAUCGGCAUCGUUGGAGACGCGGGGGUCCGAGGGACGGCGCAGCAGCCCCGAUUAUUUGUGGGCAUGAUCCUCAUCCUCAUCUUCGCUGAAGUAUUGGGUCUCUAUGGCCUCAUUGUUGCCCUCAUCCUCUCCACCAAGUAAACUUCCUCCAUUUUUCUGCUCUACUGGGAAAACAAAAACCAAACCAUCAGUCCAUAAAUCUUCUGGUCAUCGUCAUCGUCGUCUUCUUCUUCUUCUCUCCACCACCACCACGUGUACAGUCGUCAGUUUGGUAGUCGAUGAGCGUUAGUGCUUUGUCUGUCCUGUGUGUGUUAGAUAGUGGAUUAUUUUAUUUGGUUUUUCUUUUUUUAAUAUAAAUGCAGGUUAAUCAAAGUCAGGCUUCUUAUUCUUUCUUUUUUUCUUUCUUUUUUUCUUUCUUUUUGUUGUCGUUUUCCAUUCUGUUUUGGAGAUGAACUGACUGUGGCUAACCUGACCAGACAGGGAGCGUCUCGAUGUCCGUGUGGACGUCCGUGUUGAUGUUGAGGAAGCGUCGAUAGCAGCGUGGAAGUGAAUUGCCUUUCCACUUAUUUAUAAAGAUUUGAAAUGUUAAUGCAGUUCUGUAAAUGGAGCCCCUGAUGUGUAUAAUAAUUAAUUAAUUAAUAAAUAAAUAUCUCUGUGUGUGUGUGUGUGUAGGUCAGUCAGUCGGUCAGUCAGUCAGUCGGUCAGUAGAGUGUUGCACUGUGGGUGAUUUGUGACAAGUGCUUGGGAGUCCUCUGGCUGUAACGCGCUGCCCGUGUGCCCGUCUCCGAGGGCCACUUGUGUGUCACUUGAUGCUGACGUUCGCCACGCGUGUUCCUGUAGUUUUUUGCUGUAUGACAAUAUUUGCAUUUGCAAGAUGUGCUCCCACUGUCGGGUUUCACAAAUCUUAAUAUUUUCAAAUAAACUUCCUCAACUUCA